GGCUGGCGCAGGACCUCACUUCAGCUGAGCGCCCACGGGGAGCGGGUCGCGGGGCGGCAGCGGCGAGGAGGCCAAGGGACUAGGAGGAGGAGGACAGGGCGCGUGCUAGCAGCCAGUGAGGGGGUCCAGGCCAUCCCGGGCCAUAGUUGAUCCCCGCGCCGUGGGCGAGCGCGCCCGUCGCCCCUUCCAGGACAGCCACCGCCGCGGGGGAGAUCGGGCGGGCGCCGAGAUUCCUAUGACUCCCUGAAGUUGUCUCGCUCCCCUCUGCGUCCGCCACCCGGGCCGUGUCCCUGGUCCCUGUGCAUCGCGUGAGCCCCGCUCCCCGGCCCGCGCACCCCUGCUGGCAUGGACGUACACACCCGCUGGAAAGUUGCCCGCCCGGGCGCCCCGCUGCUGUCCCCGCCGCUGCUCCUGCUCCUGCUGCUGCUGUGGGCGCCGCCUCCGAGCCGCGCAGCUCAGCCAACAGAUCUUCUGGAGAUGCUAGAUUUUCACAAUUUGCCCUCAGGGGUAACGAAAACCACGGGUUUCUGUGCCACUCGACGGUCUUCCAGAGGGCCGGACGUUGCCUACCGAGUCUCUAAAGAUGCACAACUCAGCAUGCCCACCAAGCAGCUGUACCCUGAAUCCGAUUUUCCUGAGGACUUCUCCAUCCUGACUACCGUGAAAGCCAAGAAAGGCAGCCAGGCCUUCCUGGUCUCUGUUUACAAUGAGCAGGGCAUCCAGCAGGUGGGGCUGGAGCUGGGCCGCUCCCCCGUCUUCCUCUAUGAGGACCACACAGGGAAGCCCGGGCCUGAGGAGUAUCCACUCUUCCCUGGCAUCAACUUGUCUGAUGGCAAGUGGCACCGAAUUGCUAUCAGUGUCUACAGGAAAAAUGUCACCUUGAUUCUCGACUGUAAAAAGAAGGUUAUGAAGUUCCUCAACCGCAGUGACCACCCCAUAAUAGAUGUCAAUGGCAUCAUCAUGUUCGGCUCUCGGAUUCUGGAUGACGAAAUAUUUGAGGGUGACAUCCAACAGUUGCUCUUCGUCUCCGACCACCGGGCUGCCUAUGAUUACUGUGAGCACUACAGUCCCGACUGCGAUACUGCAGUCCCUGACACACCUCAGUCACAGGACCCCAACCCAGAUGAAUAUUACCCAGAAGGCGAUGGUGAGACCUAUUACUACGAGUACCCAUAUUAUGAAGACCCUGAAGACCCGGGGAAGGAGCCUGCCCCUACGCAGAAGCCAGUGGAAGCUGCCAGAGAAACCACGGAGAUUCCUGAGGAACAAACCCAGCCCCCGCCAGAAGCCCCUACAGUGCCCGAGACCAGUGACACAGCCGGCAAGGAGGAUGAUCCAGGGAUUGGGGACUAUGACUACGUGCCCACUGAUGACUACUACACUCCCUCUCCCUAUGAAGACCUUGGCUAUGGCGAGGGUGUAGACAACCCUGACCAGCCCACCAACCCCGACUCAGGGGCCGAGAUUCCCACCAGCACCAUCGUUACCUCCAACACCUCCAAUCCAGCUCCGUCUCCAGGGGAAGACAAGGAUGACCUGGGUGGUGAGUUCACUGAGGAAACCAUCAAGAAUCUAGAGGAAAACUACUAUGACCCAUACUUCGACCCCGACUCCGACUCUAACGUCUCCCCAUCGGAGAUAGGGCCAGGCAUGCCGGCUAACCAGGACACCAUCUAUGAGGGGAUUGGAGGACCUCGAGGUGAGAAAGGACAAAAGGGAGAGCCAGCCAUCAUUGAGCCGGGCAUGCUGAUAGAGGGUCCCCCAGGCCCUGAAGGCCCUGCUGGUCUCCCGGGACCGCCAGGAACUACGGGCCCUACCGGCCAAGUGGGUGACCCUGGAGAAAGGGGUCCCCCUGGGCGCCCAGGUCUUCCUGGGGCUGAUGGCUUGCCUGGUCCUCCAGGAACCAUGCUCAUGCUGCCGUUCCGGUUUGGAGGCGGUGGUGAUGCUGGCUCUAAGGGCCCCAUGGUCUCUGCCCAGGAGUCCCAGGCCCAGGCUAUCCUCCAGCAAGCCAGGUUGGCACUGAGGGGACCAGCUGGUCCAAUGGGUCUUACCGGAAGACCCGGCCCCAUGGGUCCUCCUGGGAGUGGAGGCUUGAAGGGUGAGCCAGGGGACAUGGGACCUCAGGGCCCACGAGGUGUGCAAGGUCCACCUGGCCCAACAGGGAAGCCUGGAAGACGGGGCCGUGCUGGGAGUGAUGGAGCCAGAGGCAUGCCUGGACAAACAGGUCCCAAGGGUGAGCGUGGCUUUGAUGGCCUCGCUGGGCUGCCAGGAGAGAAGGGCCACAGGGGUGACCCUGGUCCUUCUGGCCCGCCUGGACUCCCAGGAGAUGAUGGAGAAAGGGGUGACGAUGGAGAAGUUGGGCCUAGGGGUUUGCCUGGGGAGCCUGGACCACGUGGUCUGCUUGGGCCAAAAGGGCCUCCUGGCCCUCCAGGACCUCCAGGUGUAACUGGUAUGGAUGGCCAGCCCGGCCCGAAAGGAAAUGUGGGUCCCCAGGGAGAGCCUGGGCCCCCCGGACAGCAGGGUAAUCCUGGUGCUCAAGGUCUCCCGGGCCCCCAGGGUGCCAUUGGUCCUCCAGGAGAAAAGGGUCCUUUGGGGAAACCAGGUCUCCCAGGAAUGCCCGGUGCUGAUGGACCCCCGGGGCACCCUGGCAAAGAAGGUCCUCCAGGAGAGAAAGGAGGCCAGGGUCCUCCUGGCCCCCAGGGUCCCAUUGGCUACCCAGGUCCUCGAGGAGUCAAGGGGGCAGAUGGCAUCCGAGGUCUGAAGGGCACCAAGGGCGAGAAGGGUGAAGAUGGCUUCCCUGGGUUUAAAGGCGACAUGGGAAUAAAGGGCGACCGGGGGGAGAUCGGCCCACCUGGUCCCCGAGGAGAAGAUGGUCCUGAAGGUCCAAAGGGUCGUGGUGGUCCCAAUGGUGACCCCGGUCCUCUGGGGCCUACUGGGGAGAAGGGAAAGCUCGGAGUUCCAGGAUUACCAGGGUACCCAGGAAGACAAGGGCCAAAGGGCUCUAUAGGAUUCCCUGGCUUCCCGGGUGCCAACGGAGAGAAGGGCGGCAGGGGGACACCUGGAAAGGCAGGACCGAGGGGACAGCGAGGCCCAACGGGUCCGAGGGGUGAAAGAGGCCCACGGGGCAUCACGGGGAAGCCUGGUCCUAAGGGUAACUCUGGAGGCGAUGGCCCAGCUGGCCCUCCUGGUGAGCGGGGACCCAAUGGACCCCAAGGACCCACAGGCUUCCCUGGACCCAAAGGCCCCCCUGGCCCACCAGGCAAGGAUGGACUCCCUGGACAUCCUGGGCAGAGAGGCGAGACCGGUUUCCAAGGCAAGACUGGCCCUCCAGGCCCCCCGGGAGUGGUUGGCCCUCAGGGUCCCACAGGAGAAACGGGUCCAAUGGGCGAGCGUGGCCACCCCGGCCCUCCAGGCCCCCCUGGUGAACAGGGCCUUCCAGGAGCUGCUGGAAAAGAAGGGACUAAGGGGGACCCAGGCCCUGCUGGCCUCCCUGGAAAGGAUGGCCCUCCAGGAUUGCGUGGAUUCCCUGGGGACAGAGGACUUCCCGGCCCCGUGGGAGCUCUUGGGCUAAAAGGCAGUGAAGGCCCCCCUGGCCCGCCAGGUCCUGCGGGUUCUCCAGGAGAGAGAGGACCAGCUGGUGCUGCGGGGCCCAUCGGAAUUCCAGGGAGACCUGGGCCUCAGGGACCUCCGGGGCCAGCUGGAGAGAAAGGGGUUCCUGGCGAGAAAGGUCCACAAGGCCCAGCUGGCCGAGAUGGCCUCCAAGGUCCUGUGGGGCUCCCUGGUCCAGCCGGCCCUGUGGGUCCUCCCGGAGAAGAUGGAGAUAAGGGAGAGAUCGGGGAGCCAGGGCAGAAAGGAAGCAAGGGGGACAAAGGCGAGCAGGGUCCUCCUGGACCUACAGGUCCGCAAGGCCCCAUUGGACAGCCAGGUCCCUCGGGAGCAGAUGGUGAGCCAGGUCCUCGUGGACAGCAAGGCCUGUUCGGGCAGAAAGGAGACGAAGGCUCAAGAGGUUUCCCAGGACCACCAGGACCAGUGGGAUUACAGGGUUUGCCAGGACCUCCAGGAGAGAAGGGUGAGACAGGAGAUGUGGGCCAGAUGGGACCUCCUGGCCCUCCAGGCCCCCGAGGACCCUCUGGAGCUCCAGGUGCUGAUGGGCCACAGGGUCCUCCCGGAGGAAUUGGCAACCCUGGUGCAGUAGGAGAAAAGGGGGAGCCUGGUGAAGCUGGAGAGCCUGGUCUUCCAGGAGAAGGAGGUCCCCUGGGACCUAAAGGAGAAAGAGGGGAGAAGGGAGAGGCUGGCCCCUCUGGUGCUGCUGGACCCCCCGGACCCAAAGGCCCUCCUGGAGAUGAUGGUCCCAAAGGCAGCCCUGGCCCUGUGGGCUUUCCUGGAGAUCCUGGUCCUCCUGGAGAGCCAGGCCCUGCAGGUCAAGAUGGUCCACCUGGAGACAAAGGGGAUGAUGGUGAACCUGGACAGACGGGAUCUCCAGGCCCUACUGGUGAACCUGGUCCAUCUGGACCUCCAGGAAAGAGGGGUCCCCCAGGCCCUGCAGGCCCUGAAGGCAGGCAAGGGGAGAAAGGAGCCAAGGGAGAAGCCGGCUUAGAAGGCCCUCCUGGGAAGACUGGCCCUAUUGGCCCCCAAGGGGCCCCUGGGAAGCCUGGCCCCGAUGGUCUUCGUGGGAUCCCUGGUCCUGUGGGUGAACAAGGCCUCCCAGGAUCCCCAGGCCCUGACGGCCCACCUGGCCCCAUGGGUCCUCCAGGACUCCCUGGACUCAAAGGAGACUCUGGUCCCAAAGGUGAAAAGGGCCAUCCAGGCCUGAUUGGACUCAUCGGACCUCCAGGUGAACAGGGUGAAAAAGGUGACCGAGGACUCCCAGGCCCCCAGGGCUCAUCUGGUCCCAAAGGAGAACAGGGUAUCACUGGUCCUUCCGGCCCACUUGGGCCUCCUGGGCCCCCUGGCUUGCCGGGCCCUCCAGGUCCCAAAGGUGCUAAAGGCUCUUCGGGUCCCACUGGCCCGAAGGGCGAAGCAGGCCACCCAGGACUCCCUGGCCCACCCGGCCCUCCAGGUGAGGUCAUCCAGCCCCUGCCAAUCCAGGCAUCCAGGACUCGGCGGAACAUCGAUGCCAGCCAGCUCCUAGAUGAUGGGGCUGGGGAGAGCUACGUGGACUAUGCAGAUGGCAUGGAGGAGAUCUUUGGCUCCCUCAACUCCCUGAAGCUGGAGAUUGAGCAGAUGAAACGGCCACUGGGCACACAGCAGAAUCCCGCCCGUACCUGCAAGGACCUACAGCUCUGCCAUCCUGACUUCCCAGACGGUGAAUACUGGGUCGAUCCCAACCAAGGGUGCUCCAGGGACUCCUUCAAAGUCUACUGCAAUUUCACAGCCGGAGGAUCCACGUGUGUCUUCCCUGACAAGAAGUCUGAGGGGAGUAAAAUGGCCCGCUGGCCCAAAGAGCAGCCUUCCACCUGGUAUAGUCAGUACAAACGGGGUUCCCUGGUCAGAGUUCCUUCCACCCUGGAAGUAGGUAGGUAGCUUCCCACUGAGAUUUAAGGCAUCCACAGCCAGAGGUGGGCGCUCCAGUAGAGCCACAUGCCGCUUACAGGCGGCACAGCCUGGCUGACGUGCCCAGGUCAGAGACACGCCUGCAUCCGUGGUCACAGCAGACGGGACGGUUCCCUGAGGGUUCUUCCAGGCCACUGCCGCUCACACCCUCUUCCUGGGCUGUGCAGGGCCCGCGGGAUCUGGCUGCUGUUGGCCUUGCAGUCCUCAGUUGCACCCCACAUAUAUUCAUUAGUCUGUGCUCAGCUUAUGGGAGGGGUAUCUCAGAACGCAGUCGCCUCGGAGGAGACAAGAUCUUAAAGUGUCAACCAGAAGGCUCUUGUGGCCAGCAUGGAGGCCAGGAACUUACUUCCGUUCACUGCUGUGAGACCAGUGCCCUCCCACUCAAAAGGGGACAUUUUCCCCAAGCACACUGAGCCUUCGCUGAAGUCAGCGCAAAGCCCUGUGACACCCUGCCAGACUCCGGGUUCCAGGUCCAGCCACACCUCAGCCCCUGGGUCCUUGCUCACACAAACCGCAUUUGGGCUUUCACUGCCUCUCAGUGCUGCAGCAGCCUCAGCCUCUAAUGAGCACAGAGCCGCGUGUUUUGGAGCAUUCGAUGGCUUCCGGGACCAUCCUGCCCUCCGCCAAGCCUCUGUCAUCCCCUAGCCUGGAGGCGUGCCUGGCUGUCUGUCAGGGUCCCGAGACACUAAACCUGUGCACAGAAGCUGCAGGCCUGUGCUCGUCUGGCUUCAGCCCCACAGCCUUCUCUUCCCUUGCUGGGAGCCGGGCGUCCUUGUCUGCUGUUUCCUCUCCUCUGCCUCCUUUGCUUUUUUCAGAAGAGAGCCGCUGGCACACAGAAGGACCUGUGGGGAGGGAGGCCCAGUGAGCAGUGACAGGAGACCUGAGGCAAGAAGGAGCUGUGGGGGUGAAACUGCCCAGGCCCGAGAUCCACGGGGUCCUGUAUGCCUGAGCUUGGCCUGGCUUCUCCCCUUCCCAAAUGGCUUCCACCUGAUGUAGUCCAGAUCCCCCAGGGGACGCCCACCCCAGUCACUAUCCUUGUGAAGGAGCUAUGGCCCUAGAAUAGCCAUAUCUAGGCAGCCCCCUCUGACCUUUAUCCUGAGUUGGCUGCCAGGGACAGAGGUGCAGGGAUCAUCCAAGGCAAACCAAUUUACCUCUAGGCUCCACUGCCUGAUUCCUAGCUCCCAGUAAGAACCACAGUAACGGGGGGGAGGGCUUGGGGAGGAAUCCCUUUCUGAGCUGCCCAAGAUGGCCGCUCACACUGAGAUGGCAGGGAAUCCUCUAGGGCAGGGCCACUUGAAGAUGCCAACCUUGGCUACUCCUGGAGCUCAGGGUCCUUCUGUGUCUGGUGCCAACCCUGCCUCUGCUGUGGCAUUUGUCCUUUCUUGAGUCAGUCAUGUGACCUCCCAGGAGCACCAGAUGCCCAGACCACCGGUUGGUAUGCGUUUUCCUCUGCAAUCUGACUAUGGGUUUUCUCAAGCUGUCUCCAGGGGAGGGAAGUUUGCUGACAGCUUGGAAGCUCCCAGGGUGUCCUGCUGCCGUGGUGGGAAGGACAGAGUCCUGGGCCUGGCUCCACCACCCCAUUCUUUCCUCCUAUUACCGCUGGAAACACGGGUUCUGAAGUUGUCACUGUUUACUUGGUCACCGUUCCCUGUGCGAGACCCAGCACAGCCCAGCAUGCCUUCACUGUCCACAUGCCAACACAGAACAGUGUUAGAGCAGCGGCUGACAGGAGCUGGGAUUACCAGAGUGACACACGAACCUCUGCCAGUGUCUUUUCCUUGAUGAAAAUGUCGUCACAGGCCCUGCCUAGCUGAGCCCUGCUAGUCCUUACCUGGAGAAAGUCCUCCAGUCACACCCAGGCUGGGGGAGCCAGCGCUUUGUCCCACAGUUAAGAGUUUUGCACCCCUGGUAAUGCCAAUGCCAAUGCCUCAGAAAACCCUCUGCAAAAGAGAUGUAGAAAAUGAGACUCUCUUCUUGGGGUGCCCGUGCCAGCCUGUACCAAGCAGAGCAGAGUGGCUUGUGGUAGCGAUGACACCGUGGGAGCCACUUACCAAGUGGCAUUCUUUUUCCCUGAUGCUGUCCCUAGUUGGCUGUGGAAGGGUGGGGCCUUCCAUGGAGGGGGUCAUCUCUCCAGAGACCUUUUUUCUUGCUGUGGCCAGUGGUCAGAAGAAUAGCCUGUUUGCUGCCCCAGAAUCCUGUCUCCCUACAGAAGAGGACACCCUUGUACCUCCAGGGUACACCCGGUUACUCGAAUCCCCACACAGCUCAGGUCCUACUCAGCCUUGUCCGUCAUCCAUCCAGGCUGUGCCGUUCCCCAGAGUCUUGGCCAUUCUAGCUCUUGAGUGGGGUGUUCUAUAUCCUGAACACUCAGCAAGUGGCCUCCCCUCUGUCCACAAGAGCCCAUGCCAUCUUCCUUUACUCAGCGCAGUGACAGGGACAGCAGGAUGAGCUACUUGUAGCAUGCAUGGUCCCAGGAAGGCAGGUCUUAGUGGAACAUAUGUUCAUUCAGUGCAGUCAUGCCAGCCAGGCCCUGCCUAGUGGGAAGAGGGUAGUUGGCUCCUCAAAAGUGGCCUGGAAGCUGGAGACAGAAAAGAGGGUCAAAUGCAGGAAAACCUGACCCAGGCAGGCUUACUGGAGGAAGCAGUGUGGGCACUGAAUCUGGAGAGACAGGGCUUCUGGAUGAAGGAUAGUAAGCAGCCUGUCAGUCCCUGGAGAAAACAAGGUGUGUUUUCACUUGGCUCCUGUUCCUGGAGCUCCCAGGAGACCCUGUGUGCUGGCCUCAGGGACAAGGAGUACGGAAGCUCCCAGGCAGCGACCUCGGGGAGAGGGGCUUGGGUGUGGAUGUGGGCAACUCUGUGGCCAUGGCUGUGUCUCCACCCUGCUGACCCCCUUGCUGUCCCCAC